AGCUUUUGCACUUGCUUCAUUAACGUAAAUUACUCGAAAUAAGAUCGGAUUCGAGUAGUUUACAAUGGAGGACGCCAGUCAAUUGUCAAACUCACAAAAUGACAAAGCAAAGGACGAAACGACUCGUCCUCAGUAUACAAUGUCGGGUAUUUUGCACUUUAUACAACACGAAUGGACAAAAAAUGAGUUAGAUCGAACUAGGUGGGAAGCAGAGAGAGCCGAAAUGCAGGCUCGUAUUGCUUUCCUACAAGGAGAAAGAAAAGGUCAAGAAAAUUUGAAACAAGAUCUUGUCCGUCGUAUCAAAAUGCUCGAAUUCUGCCUGAAACAAGAACGUGCCAAAAAUUAUCGACUAACCCACAACGGCGAAGAACCACCAUCACUGGAAGAAUCUCCAAAUGAAAAUUCAGCGCCAAGCGAAAACAGCCAUUUGACGGCCGACCUUGAUGCAUACAUAAAUGAUGCUGGUGAAGCUGGAGGUAGUUUCAGGCAGGGACGCCUUCUUCUCAAACGUUAUCUGGAAGAAAUUGGAUACAGCGAGCACAUCAUGGAUGUUCGAUCCUUCCGUGUAAAAAAUCUUCUCGGAUUAUUACCCCAAGCUGAUCUUCCAUCCAGUGAACGUCUCAAUGGUAGAAAAGAGAAAAGUGACAGUGAUUCCGAUGACGGACAUGAUGAUGCAGCCUUGGAUGCUGACGCCUCAAAGGCGUUUGAAGAGUUUGAUUUUCUAAACAAUAUGGAUGCGAAAGAAAAAGGUUCUGACGAUGACUGGGCAGGAAAAGGAGCUUCAUUCGAAAAACUGAUAAAACAAUACAAGGACGAUCCAAAAGUGAAGCGGCGUUCAAGGACGUCAACUGAAGAAUCCGAAGAGAAAACAAGCAACGAUGUUCAGAAAAAUCUAGAGACUGAUGUUCCACCAGGAAUUCGAUCAGCUAUCGAUGCCGCUGCACAAGAAGAACUUCCAGUUCGGCGACAAGGUAGACGUAGUGCUAAUUUUGGAUAUGGUAACGGAAAUGAGUUGGACGUUGCUCUUGGAAUGCAAGAUAAUGAUAAUAUGGACAUUAAGGACGAGUUCAAAGAUGAAGAUGAUGAUCCGAAUGCACAACAAGUGAAGUGGAAUAUCAAAGUUACUCUACGAUCUCACCUUGAUUCGAUUCGCGCGAUGCAAUUCCAUCCAGUUGAGCCCGUACUAUUUACUGCUUCGGAAGACGGUCUGAUCAAAUUAUGGAAUCUCGAUCAAAAGAAAGAUGAGAAACACAACAGUGGUGGUACCGAGCUUGAGCCAGUUUAUACAUUCCGGGGACACAAAGGCCCUGUUCUAUGCUUAGUCCUGUCGCCAACUGGAGAUCAUCUCUACACCGGAGGUAUCGAUGGAAACAUCUGCUGUUUCAAUGUACCAUCUUCAAACGGGGAUCCAUUUGAUUCUUAUGAUCCACGAGUCCUAACUGAAACACUUACUGGACAUACGGAUGCAAUUUGGUCGGUGGCUUAUCAUUCAUCAAACAGUCGCCUUGUUUCUGCCAGUUCUGAUUCAACGGUUCGUCUAUGGGAACCAGGAAAUGGUGAACCACUUAUCAGAACUAUUGGUGCCCCAAAAUCCGGAAUACUUCCGACAUCAGUUGAUUUUGUAUCUACGGAAACAUCACAUUUACUUGCUGCAUACACAAAUUGCUAUGCUCAAAUUAUUGAUAUCGAUACUGGAAGCACUGUCAUGGUGUUCGAUUUCGGAGCGGUUACAGGUUCACCAACAAUGAACAAAAUUGUUAGUCAUCCAACAAUGCCUCUCACACUUAUUGGCGGUGAAGAUCGGACGAUUCGGUACUUUGACAACACCAACGGAUCGAUAAUUCAUGAAGCUAUCGCACAUGUUGAGGGAGUUUCUUCUCUUGCUAUUGAUCCAAAUGGUCUUUAUCUUUUGUCUGGAAGUCAUGAUGGUAGUAUCAGGAUGUGGAAUAUGGAGAAACGUUCAUGCCUUCAGGAAAUUUCUGCCCACCGGAAAAAGAAUGAUUCAGCAGUUACCUCCGUUGCUUUCCAUCCUUCAAGAUCUCUUAUAGGAUCUGCCGGUGCCGAUUCUCUUGCCAAGGUGUACGUGUCAGGAAGCAACUAGAGUAUCCCAUUCAUUUUUUUAUUAUUAUUUCCCUAUUUUCAUAUUUCGCCAAUUUAACUUAAAGUAUAAUAGGAAUUCGCCAGUUCGUCUCCCAGUUCAUGCCCAAAUCCACGCCUACAUACCUUCAUUUUUAUUACUACAACAGUACCCUUUAUUUUAUUGUAGAUAACCAACAACCAUUUUUAUUCAAAUCUAAACGUAAUUUAUCUGUCCCCUCCUUCCCUCGAUUGAUUUCUUUUUAAAUAUGAAAUUUGAUCACGGGUCGAAAAUGAGCAUUUUGACACUUGUCAACCUAAUCUGCAAUCCUGUAAAUAUUACGUCGCAGUUAGCUCAAAUUAACCAUCUUCUGAAGUGGUUGCAGUGGUUAUUUGGGCGAACAAUUUUUUAUAUUUUCUAUGGCAGUAAUGUGAAACAACACCGAUACAAAUCGGGUUAAAACAAUCUAUAGGAUAUUGAUUGAUUAGCUCAUCUUUAAACUGCACAAAUUUCGACUCGUGUUCCUAUUUCUCUUAGAUACCCUUUCUGCGCCAUGUUUUGUUCUCUCGGCAUUGUUUCCAUUCUCAAAACGCUUAGUUUUAAUCAAUAACCAGAUAUCCUCGAGAAUCCAAAUUCAGACCGUAAGUUCUCAUCAUUUUCCUCUACUUCAUCCUCGUCUCUCUUUACCAUUAUUAUCUGUUAUUCUUUGUUUCUAUCUCGGUCGACUGACAGUGUUUCAACUAUGUCUUGAACUGUAUCAUAAAUUACUGAGAAUUCUAGUUUGAUUUUUUGCACGAAUACAGAAUUUU